ACACGAUAAGUCACGUGCUCAAAACUAGCUCCGUUAGCCCGGUCCUCAUCUGUAUUAGCAACUUGCUGCCAGUGCAACUAGCAACACGCAACAUUCGCUCAGCAACAUCAACACUCUAAAGUGUCAAGUGCGCAGGAGCAGCAAAUAAACAGUAGCAACUAAACACUAGCCAACACUCGCACACUCACGUACAAUGGAUCACAACAUGCACGUAAACGCGCCGCCAUUGCACCACUGGGGCUACGCCGCUGGACACGGAGUGGUAAUGCCCGGCGCCACUGCCACUACCCCCCAGAGUCACUGGGUGCCGCCGCCUCAGAGUCAUCACAGCGCCCACAGUAACCACAGCCACAGUCACAGCCAAAGUCACGGACACAGCAGCCUGAAGCGGACGCUCUCCGAGAGCGACUGCGACGAUCUCUACUCCGAGGAGUCCUCCAAAGAACAAAUCUCGCCCAGUGGAUCAGGAAGCUGCCAACUGAUGAGCCGCAAGAAACGCCGCGGAGUGAUCGAGAAGAAGCGAAGGGAUCGCAUUAACUCCUCGCUCACCGAACUUAAGCGCCUGGUGCCCACCGCCUACGAGAAGCAGGGAUCCGCCAAGCUGGAGAAGGCAGAGAUCCUUCAGCUGACCGUGGAGCAUCUCAAGGGCUUGCAAUCUAAAACUCUCGACUCGCUUAGCUAUGACCCCCAACGCGUCGCCAUGGACUACCACAUUAUCGGUUUCCGCGAGUGCGCCGCUGAAGUGGCCCGCUACCUGGUCACAAUCGAGGGAAUGGACAUACAGGAUCCGCUGCGCCUGCGCCUCAUGUCCCACCUGCAGUACUUUGUCCAGCAGCGCGAGCUGUCGGCGAAGAGUUGCGCCAGUCCUGGUGGCUGGACCCCUGCCACUGCUACUUCCUCCGGAUAUCAACCGAACUGUGCUGCGGCUCCUUACCAGGGAUAUGCGGCGCCACCAAAUGCGGGUGCCUAUGUAUCCAGCUAUCCCACGCUGAGUGCCUCGCCUGCCCAGCAAACGCAACAGCAACAUGGAGGACGAACCAGUGUAUCCCGGACAAGUGGAGCGGGAGUAACUGAUUCUCUGCCCAGCCAUGACAUUCACUCCGAAAGCACCAGCCAGCAACAGCAACAGCAGCAACAACAGCAACAGCAGCAACAGCAACACCAGCAGCAACAGCAACAUCAGCAGCAACAGCAACGCACCCAGACAACACCUCAGCCGGCACAGCAGCAACACUACACCCAUGAUCACAGCGUUGUGCAUUCGGAGCAGCAGAUACCCACCUAUAUAGAGCUGACCAACAGUAAUCGUCCGGCAGCCGUGGGAUCCGAGAGCCUCAGCUACAGUGCCGCUCCUCAGUAUCCCGUAAGCGGAGGCCAGGACUACAAUAACUCUAGUGUCCUGCAAUAUGCCACGCCCAACGGAACCAAGCCCUAUCGUCCCUGGGGCGCCGAGAUGGCCUAUUAAUCGGGAAAACUUUAAGUGAAAAACGAAAACCAGAACAGGACCUCUAGUCAGAGCAGACCAAGUGUGAUAGUCUUAAGUUUCGGAUCCUAUACAGAGAAAAAAGAGAGAAACACUACCUUGAGAUUAACUAAUAAUUUAAGCCUCCAAAUUUAAUAUAUUUUAUAUACGAUUUGAAACCUUUUGUGAAUCUAUUGUAAAUAAACGCAAAAUUUUAUAAGUGAA